GACAAUGGGGUUAAGCCAUAGCUUCUGGGAUCCAUAUCACUGAAGAAUUUGAGGGAUCGCCCCAGCUAUCUCUCGAAUUCUGCUGAUUUUUCCUACUGGGUCAUCAAUGGAUUUCGUGGAGCUGGAGGCGAUCGAGGGCCUCCGUUGGUCGUGGAACUCCUGGCCCUUUUCCAAAUCUGAAGCUUCCGCUCUGGUAGUCCCCUUAGCGAUCAUGGCGACGCCAUUGAUGUCUUUCAACGAGCUCCCGGUUCUCCCUUACGACCCUCUCUGCUGCUCCGGUUGCGGCGCCGCUUUGAAUCCCUAUGCCCGCGUCGAUUACCCGACCCGCACUUGGUCCUGCCCGUUUUGCAGCCAGAAGAACCCGUUCCCCAAAUCCUACCUCGCCAUCAGCGAGAACAAUAUCCCGGCGGAGCUUUUCCCGACGUACAGCACGGUGGAGUAUCAGCUGGGGAAGAAGGGGCUGUUGACUCAUAAAACCCGUUCGUCUUCAAAUCUGGUGUCCGGAUUCGGAAAUGGAUCCUCAUCCCCAUCUCCCAAAUCAACCCGCGGAUCAUUUCCAUCACUUCCUACAUUUUCCAGCUUCCUGCCCGCAGUUUCCGGGCCGGAUUCUACCGGGCCGGCGUUUGUGUUUGUAGUGGAUGCCUGUACGCCGGGAGAAGAGCUCAGGGCAGUGAAGAAUGAGCUGCUGCAUCUGGUCGCGCAGUUGCCGGAAUAUGCCUUGGUGGGAUUGGUGGUUUUUGACUCCAUGGUUAGGGUUUAUGAUCUCAGCUUUGCAGAGUGCUUCAGAGUUGUCGUUUUCCAUGGCGAGCGCGAGCUCUCAUCUGAGCAGAUCAAACAGCAACUAGGGCUUCAUACCGUGAAGCACCAAGCCGUUCAGAAAGCUGGAUUCUUGACAUGUCUCUCUGAGGGGGAAUUCAACAUAUCUGCUGCAAUCGAAGACAUCCAACCUUCGCCACAUGUCACGCCACAUCACCGUCCCAUUAGAGCCACGGGAGUUGCAAUAUCCCUUGCCGUAGGACUUCUUGAAGGAUAUUCAAUCAACACGGGUUCCCGUGUCACGGUUUUCACUUCCGGGCCAGCUACGGUCGGGCCGGGCAAGGUGGUGGAUUCGGAUUUGAGAAACGCGAUGAGAACUCACAAAGACAUUGAACGCGGACGGGCAGUUUACUACGGGAAGUCCAUUGGGUUUUACAAGAAAAUCUCGGAGAGACUAUCCGAUUCAUCCAUUGUUCUUGAUCUGUUCGCUUGUUCUUUGGAUCAAGUAGGGGCAGCAGAACUUAAGGUUCCUGUGGAAACUUCCGGAGGGUUCAUGAUGCUCGGAGAAUCGUUCGACUCCGACCAGUUCAAGAAAUGUGUCCGUCACCUAUUUACCUGGCGCGACGAGCUCGGGAAUCUCGACAUGUGUUUCGACGCGACGAUAGAAAUAGUGACCACGAAGAACGUGAAAAUUUGCGGGGCUUUGGGCCCGUGCGUGUCGUUACGCAAGAACGAAAACGGAUCAGCGAGCCACAAAGAAGUCGGCCACGGUGGGACUCAUGCGUGGAAAUCGAGCACUCUCACCAACAAAACCUGCAUCGCAUUCUACUUUGAAGUCGGGAGCAGCGGCGAACAGAGGCCCCGCGACAACUCCGUAUUCUUCAUUCAGUUCAUAACGCGCUACCGACGCGCCGGCAAUGCCGUCGGGGUCGUCCGGAAAAGGGUGACGACAGCGGCGAGAAGGUGGGCCAACGGGGUCCGCUCCGAAUCCGUUGCCGCCGAGUUCGAUCAAGAAGCGGCGGCGGCGGCGGUCGCCAGGCUGGCGAUCCACAAAUUAGAGAGCGAGUACGGGGACGACGUCAUCCGGUGGUUGGACAAGACAUUGAUCCGCUUCGCCUCGAAAUUCGGCGAAUACGUCCCGGAAGACCCGUCCUCCUUCCGUCUCUCCCCAAACUUCUCCCUCUACCCCCAAUUCAUGUACCAUCUCCGGCGGUCUCAGUUCCUUGAGGUUUUCAACACCACCCCGGACGAAACGGCGUUCUUCCGGUUGAUGUUGAACCGGGAAGGGGUGGUGGGGUCCCUUAUCAUGGUCCAACCGACGCUGUUCCAGUACUCGUUUGACGGGCCGCCUGUGCCCGUUCUCUUGGACGUCGGGUCGGUCGCCCCGGACGUCAUCUUGCUGUUCGAUUCCUACUUCUACAUCGUCAUACAUUACGGGUCCCGGAUCGCAGAGUGGCGGAAGAUGGGUUACGACAAGCGGGACCCGCGGCACGAGAGUUUGAGGAAGCUGUUGGAGGCUCCGGAAGUGGACGCGGAGCAGUUGGUGGCGGAGCGGGUCCCGGUCCCGAAGGUGAUCAGGUGUGAUCAACACAGCAGCCAGGCAAGGUUUCUUCUUGCCAAGCUCAAUCCCUCUGUGACUCAUCAUAAUAGUUCUUCAAAGAAUGGAGGAGAGGAUUUGAAUGUUGUAUUUACUGACGAUAUUAGCCUUCAAGUGUUCACUGAGCAUUUGCAGGAAUUGGCUGUCCAGGGAUAGUUUAUGUUGAUUUUUGUGUAAUUUGAAUGCUGUAACAUUACUAAUUGAUAUUGGCAUUUGUUAUACCCCUCCUUGUCGUAAGAGCAUGUGCAAUGGCAAGGAAGAGGCAUGCCAUGCACUGCCACAUCAGCUUCUUCCACACAUAUCAUGGCAUGACAAGGCUAAAAUGCCUUGCUUUGUGAGGCAUGAGUGUGACACUCCAUCCUUCUUUUUUUAUUUUUUUUAAAUAAAUUUUUUAAAAAUUU